AUGGGCGAUGUUGUUGAGCUCACAUGUGUGUGCCAUGAACGUUGGGCUGCUGUGGCGCGCAACGCGCAGGUGCUGAGAGGUCAGGUGUGCGACAAGUGGUGGUUUGCCGGCACGAGCGAUCCCGACAACCCCUACUACGGCUACUGGGACCGCGUCACCGACCAGCGACCGGUUCGAUUCCUGGGCCUCUCGUCCAUCGGCGUCACCAUCCUCGACUACACUGCCUACAAGGCUGGACCCGUGCACGAUCCGAGCAGGCUCGACGUGCCGCCGAACUGCCAGUCCGAGUGCGUUGCGCCGUCGGUCUUGGCCAUGACGCGCCGCAUGAUGAAGCAGAGCGUGCCGCACCUGCCCCUGGUCCCGGUCAGCUUGUGA